AUGGAGCGUACAAGCGAGCCCGGUACGCUGCAGGGUGAGGCCGUCUGGGCGCCUGGAACAGUGGCAUUGGAGACCAGAAAUCAAGCAGACGAUCAGUUGGCUCUAUAUCCAGUCCCAUCUGCGGAUCCCAACGAUCCCCUGAACUGGUCUCGAUGCCGCAAAACGCUCAAUUUCAGCCUCGUCUGCUUCUUCGUCCUGUGGACCUUCGUCCAGCUCGACAUCGGCUUCACGGCCUGGGGCCCUCUGGAAACCGAACUCGGCUUCUCCGUGGACCUCCUGAACGCUGCGUCGGCAGUGAACUAUGCCGCGCUAGCGGUGGGAUGCGUGCUCUUCAUUCCUCUUGUGCACAAAUAUGGACGCCGUCCCGUGUACCUCUUCAGCUCUGCGCUCCAGUUUGCCGCCUGUAUAUGGCUGGCAAAGACCGUCACACCCGGCGAUAUGAUCGGCAGCAAUUUGAUCUCCGGCCUAGGGGGUGCGAUCAGUGAGACGAUCGUGCAGAUUACCAUUGCCGACUUGUUCUUCGUGCAUCAGCAUGCCACCAUGAAUGCGUGGUAUGUGUUCGCUCAGAAUAUCGGUACGUUUCUUGGCCCUGUUGCUUCGGGGUACAUCACCGAGUCGCAGGGAUGGAGAUGGAUGUGGUGGUGGUGCGUGAUAUUCCUGGGCGUGAAUCUGGCUCUCGUGGCCUUUUUCUUCGAAGAAUCGAAAUACAUCCCCACGCUGAACGCGCGAGAUGUUCCUGCGGUGGCUUCGCCAUCCACGCUUCACGCGGAGCCGGACGCCCAGAAUAAAGCCUUUCCCGGCAUCCAGAGUGAGCAUGAGGUCGAGACAACUCAGCCAGACGCGAAUCUUGGAUAUAGGCUCAAGCCCUAUCGCCAACGUCUAGCCCUGAUCACCAGAACCGACGAAUCCAUCCUGCAGCACUUCUACCAGCCACUGCUGAUCUUGUUCCGGUUCCCAGCUGUCGCUUAUGCGGCAAUCACCUGGGGCUACGUCCUCAGCUGUUUCGCCAUCCUCACCUCCGUCCAGGCAACAUACAUGAUCGAGCCCCCGUACAACUUCAGCGCCAUCGGCAUUGGCCUCAUGAAUCUUCCACCUUUCAUCGGCGGGUUUCUGGGCUUCUUCGGCGGGUACCUGAAUGACAAGUCCAUCAUAUGGCUUUCAAGACGAAACGGCGGCAUAUACGAGCCUGAGAUGCGUCUUUGGCUGGCUCUUCCGCAAGCGAUAAUCAUCCCUGCGGGGAUUUUGAUGUUCGGUUUAGGUCUUGCCUAUGCCGUGCACUGGGCUCUCCUUGCCGUUGGUUUUGGAUUCUUCGGCUUCGGAUUUGCCAUGGUCGGCGAGAUCUCACUCUCGUACCUUACAGACUGCUAUCAAGAUAUAAUCGGCGACGCGUUAGUCGGGGUCAUUUUCGUGCGGAACAUCCUGUCUGUUGUCGUUCUCUUUACGCUCACUCCAUGGGUCGCCGGUAUGGGCAUGCGAAAUCUUCAUAUCAUGAUCUCAGUCAUUUGCGUCGCUGUCUUGUUGCUCCCAAUACCACUGCUCAUAUGGGGGAAGAAGGCGAGGAUCUCCACCACUGGCAUUUACAGGAAGAUGGCGCGCCGUCAACUUGCGCAUAGGACUGUGUAG